AUGGGUGGGAGAUCCCCUCUCCUUGUGAUCGUCUUCUCUCUUGCCGUGCUUUGCAUUGAGCUCGGGAUCUCGAAUGGUUUCUCCAUGAUCCGCUGUCAAGAGACAGAGAGGAGAGCCCUCAUGGAGUUCAAGCAACGAGUCCGUGAUCCUUCACAUAUUCUUUCUUCCUGGGUUGGGGAGGAUUGUUGUAGUUGGGAAGGAAUCCGCUGCAGCAACGACACUGGCCAUGUUAUCGAGCUCCACCUUCGCAAUAGACAUCGGUCAGAUGUCUCAUACAUGGGUUGCUCUGAGACUAACUUCGAUGAUGAUGAUGUUGGAUGCAGAUGGGCACUGCACGGUGGCAUAACUCCAUCAUUGCUUUCUCUCCAACACCUUAAUCAUUUGGAUCUUAGCGGCAACAAUUUUGAGGGAAAUCGUAUCCCAGAGUUCUUGGGAUCCUUUGGAAGACUAACAUAUCUUAAUCUCUCGGGAGCAGGCUUCGGAGGUAAAGUACCUGAUCAGCUGGGAAAUCUCUCCACUUUACACCAACUCGACCUUUCUUAUAAUUUCUAUCUAGAUGAUGAUUUAUACAUCGAAAACAUUGGAUGGAUCUCUCGUUUGACUUCUCUACAGCACCUUAACAUGAAUCAGGUUAGAUUUAGAAAUGUGUCCAAUUGGUUGCAAGCAUUGAACGCACUCUCUCGUAUUCAAGUGGUUGAAAUGGCUUCUUGUGGCUUGGAGACCUUUCCUCCUUCGCUGCCUCAUGUCAACUUCACAUCUCUCACAACUCUAAAUUUGGAAGGCAACAUCAUCAACUCUACUGUGCCAGACUGGCUAUUUAACAUAACCAGCCUCGAGGUGCUUUCUCUUGGGUCGAAUCACCUAUAUGGGCAAACUCUUGAUUCAAUUGCCAAGUUGACAAAUCUCAGGCAACUCGACUUGUCUUAUAAUAUGUUCCAUGAUGGCUUCAAACCAGAACCUCUAUCCAACCUCUGCAAGCUCCAAAUUCUCGACCUAGAUAAAGUGCCUAUCAAUAAUGUGCUAGCCAAUCUAGAACAGGUCUUCUCUGGAUGUCUAAUGCUCAUCUUAGAGGAAUUGAAUCUCAGCGGCACCCAAUUGAGGGGUUCCAUUCCAGAUUGGUUGGGGAACUUCAAAAAUCUCAAGUUUCUUGAUCUUUCACACAACUCCCUCUAUGGAUCAGUUCCUAGAUCUCUUGGAAAUCUAUCAUCGCUGCGAUCUUUGUUUUUAUACUCCAACGAUUUGAAUGGGUCGAUUGCAGAAGGCAUCGGAGGACUGAAGGGCCUUACCUAUUUGGUUCUUUCUUAUAACUCAUUUCGCUUGUCGGAGCUCCACUUGGUUAAUCUGUCGAGUUUAAAGUAUUUGGACAUUUCAUACAACUACAUCGAUUUGAAUAAAGGAAUAAUACCACCUAGCUUAGGCAACUUCAGUUCUUUAAAGAGAUCUUCUUCUUCAAGUGAUUUAUACUUCAACAACCAUAGCGACGAGGAUGUAAUGUGGCUCUUCAUAAAAGGGAGUGAACUCGAGUAUACCACAAGAUUGCUUUCAAUUGAUAAAGUUAUUGAUCUCUCCAACAAUGGUUUAUCUGGAAGUAUACCUGAGGAGUUGGGAAAUCUGCAUGGAUUACGGAGUUUAAAUCUAUCUAGAAAUUACCUAACGGGCAAAAUACCGAACAACAUUAAUGGAAUGCAACGAUUAGAAAUUCUUGAUCUCUCCAGAAAUAAUUUGUCUGGAGCAAUUCCUUCAACCUUGGCAGCGUUAAAUUUCUUGAAUUAUUUGAACUUGUCAUAUAACAAUCUUUCAGGUAGAAUUCCCACUGGUAGCCAAUUACAAACGCUUACUGAUCCAUCUUUCUAUGCCGGCAAUUCAGAUCUUUGUGGCCCUCCUCUCAUAAAAAAUUGUACAGACGAUAUUCCAACAAAAGAAGAGGAAAAUGAAAAUUCUAUGGACAGAAUUGAAAGUAUUUGGCUAUACAUGUGCCGUGCACUAGGAUUUAUCGUGGGAUUUUGGACGAUUUGUGGAAGCAUCUUAUUGAAAUCGAGAUGGAGGAUUGCUUACUUCCAAGCUAUUGAUAACAUGUGUGAUAGGCUCUAUGUGGUGCUGGUAUUGAAUGUAGCAAUGUUCAAGAGGAAGCUAAUGGUAGGACGUCAAGUUGACUAA